AUGGACUCGUUCCAACACAAGAGUAAGGACGACGAGAAGCAUAGUCGUCUUCAAGGCAUGGAGGCGGACACCACCGGCGAGAAGGAGCACGAGCACGGCAAGGAGAUGAGCGAGCAGCACGGCAGCCAAGUCCACACCCACGACCAGGGCAACAAGCACGGCCACAGCCACGGCCACGGCCACGGCCACAGGGAGGAGCACGUCGGCGGCGGGAGGGAGCGUGCAGACCCGGCGGAAUACCUCGACAUGGGUGGCAUGACUCCAGGGGCCUUUCUCGAAAUCAGGUACAGGGCCGCGACCGGGAGACCGUACGACAGAGUGGAACGGUUAAUCAGCUCGGAGCAGAUGGCCAAGCAGCAGAGCGAGGAGGAAGCCGAAGCCGGCAGGGAGGAGAACAAGGGCGUCAUCUACGAGUUCUGA